UUAUGGAGCCAUCAGAUAAAGCCCUCGGGGGGGAGCGAAGGGAUUAAUUUUAUUUUUACUCCAGCAGCAGGAGGAGGGGGUGGGGGGUCCCAGCCUGGGGUCUGUCCCCCUCUCCGGGACACCCCAACAAGACCCCCGGGGUGCUGGUGGAGCUGAGGGGGUGAGGGGAGGCAGAAGGGCUGAGGUUGGGUUUUGGGAAGGGCUGGAUUUGGGAGCGCAUGGGUGGGGGCCUGGGCACGACACCAGGGUGAGGGGCACCAGCCACCUUCGUGCCCCCCAGGGCUGCCCCAGAGCUGCCGUGGGGCCACGGUUUGGAACAGAAACCCUGUCCUGUGCCCAUCCCAUCGCUGUCCCCGUUCCCUCCCUCUGGCCAAGCCCAGCAAUCCCUUAAUUCCCAGCCACGUGUGGCCAGAUGUGAGCUGGGCUCGGCCCCCCCUGCCCUCCCCCGCUGCAGAUGUCCCCCCCUGUGCCACCACAGCCCCAUGGCUACUCCCCCCGUGUCCCUGUCACCCCCGGGGGGGCCCUGGGGGGCGCUGGCAGGACACGGGGCCCCCCUGAGCGCCGUGUCCCAGCAGAAGCAGGAUGCGGACGACGAGGAGGAGCUGGAGAUCGCCGUGGACAACACGGCCUUCAUGGAUGAGUUCUUCUCGGAGAUUGAGGAGACCCGGCAGAACAUCGACAAGAUCUCAGAGAACGUGGAGGAAGCCAAGAAGCUCUACAGCAUCAUCCUCUCAGCCCCCAUCCCAGAGCAGAAGACCAAAGAUGACCUGGAGCAGCUGACAGCAGAGAUCAAGAAAAUGGCCAACAGCGUCCGUAACAAACUGAAGAGUAUGGAGAGGAACAUCGAGCAGGACGAGGCACGAUCCUCCGCCGACCUCCGGAUACGCAAGUCCCAGCACUCGGUCCUGUCCCGCAAGUUUGUGGACGUCAUGACCAAGUACAACGAGGCGCAGGUGGAUUUCCGGGAGCGGAGCAAGGGCCGGAUCCAGCGCCAGCUGGAAAUCACCGGCAAGAACACGACGGACGAGGAGCUGGAGGAGAUGCUGGAGAGUGGGAACCCCUCCAUCUUCACCUCGGGGAUCAUGGACUCGCAGAUCUCGAAGCAGGCGCUGAGCGAGAUCGAGGGGCGGCACAAGGACAUCGUGCGCCUGGAGAGCAGCAUCAAGGAGCUCCACGACAUGUUCGUGGACAUCGCCAUGCUGGUGGAGAAUCAGGGAGCCAUGAUCGACCGCAUAGAGAACAACAUGGACCAGUCCGUGGGAUUCGUGGAACGGGCCGUGGCCGACACCAAAAAGGCUGUGAAGUACCAAAGUGAGGCCAGGAGGAAGCUGCUGAUUUUGGUGGCAGUGGCCGUGCUCUUGCUGGGGACAGUUGCCCUCAUCAUUGGACUCUCGGUGGGGCUGAACAUGAAAUAGCCCCUGGGGCGGGGGUCUACGCUCCCGAGCAUCCCAGCGAUGUCACCCCCCGGCGGGAUCCUCCCCGGCUCUGAUCCUGGACCCCUCCUCUCCCUGCUCCUCCCGGACCUGCUGCUCCCAGCCCUCGAGUCCCGGCUCCCGCCGCGGGCUCCAGCACCGCCGCCUUUCCCGCCCGUCCUGCUUUCCCUGGGAUCUGCCCCUCAUGUCCCCAUGGAAGGGGACAGGAUUCCGUCCGUGGGGACGCGGCCACUGGUGCCUCAGCCCCAGCGAGGAGUGACAAGGACACAAAUCCGAGGGCCGGACGCUCACCCGCGCGGGCAUCCCGGUGGAAUGAGGGCGGG